CCAGUUUUGCGAUAGUAUAGAGUUAAAUUUAAAAAUAUAAUUAUAUAGAUAAUUCUGCAACAAUAAAUUAUUUGUGUAUAGUAUCCAGUAGUAAUGGCCAAGCUCACUGUUUUAAUAUUAGGAGGUUGUGGUUUCGUUGGACGAAACCUGGUAACAUACUUACUAGAUAAUGGCUUGAUUAAUUCCAUUGUAGUAGUGGAUAAAGUACCACCCCAAGUAGCUUGGUUACAAUUGGUUAUUAAAUUGGUACAAUUUAAGAGUGCUAAUCUUAUAAAUAAAGAGUCUUGUAAAAGCGCGUUUAGUCUUUCUGAUGGCUCUACAUGGGAUCUCGUAGUAAAUUGUGCUGGUGAAACGAAACCUGGCCAGACUGAUCCGGUGUAUCAAGAAGGAAUCCUUAAACUCCUUAGUAUAAAUUGUGCAAAACAGGCUGCUCUUAUGAAUGUUGGAAGGUAUAUUGAACUAUCUUCAGGCAACAUGAAUUCUUACGAUAAGGUUCCUCAUAAAGAAUCAGACCCAUUGGAGCCUUGGGGAUUUAUUGCUAAAUGGAAAAAAGAGGUAGAAGCUCAACUAAGUGAAAUUCCAAACUUAAAAUACACGGUUUUGCGUCUUCCUCUAGUGUAUGGUCUAGGAGAUAAACAUUAUAUCACGCCUCGCAUUUUAGCAGCAGCUAUUUACAAAGAACUUAAAAAAACAAUGAAACUUUUAUGGAAUGAAGAUCUAAAGGUGAAUACCGUUCAUGUUGAAGACGUUUGCAGGGCUAUUUUGUUUCUUUAUGAAAAAGAAGAAGCUAUAGGCCAGAUAUAUAAGGAUCCAUUUCAAAACCUUCUUGCUGAUAUUUUUAAUGUAGACGUUUCUUAUUAUGGCAAAAUGGUCUCUUCAGUGAUUGACUUAGAGAGUGCCACUGAAGAAGUUAAUGAUCAAAAUUUGGUUCCUUGGGUAGAAGCUUGUCGGCGAGACGCCAUCGAAAAUACUCCGCUAUCACCACACAUGAACUCUCUUUUGCUCCAGUACAAACAUUUGUAUUUAGAUGAUAGUAAACUGAAAAAUUUUGGGCUUUAGUUUAAA